AUGUCUGUGAGGACUGUGAUUCGGGAUUUGAAAUCUGACGAGGAUGCCAGCGUAUCUGUACCGCUGCAGCUGGUGGCCACAAUUCCUACUGACGAAGCCAAUACGAAAAUACCCAUUUCGAUAUCUGUAUCGUAUCUGAAUGGUGGUGCUACGGGUGCGCAAAGAGCGGGGACUGCGAAAUUACAGUCGUACCAUUACGCUGUACCAAACAGGAGAGCCUCCCAUAAGAAGGAUAACGUCGCCGACAUGCCAUUGCUCGAUACAAACAACGACUGGGUCAGAGAUCUGACGAGGAAGAUAGCCGUUUCAGUGGCCAAGAGGCACGGCAAGCCGUGCUACGUCGCCUGGGCGAGUAACACGGAACUAAACGGUAACGGCCUUUCAAUGGACCAACUGUUCAUGUUGAAAAGCUGCAUAAGCGCGAUCGACUCCAUGAUGCCAUCACCAACCAACUAA